AAAAAAAAAACAUUCAAUGAUGUUGACAGUUUUUAGAUAUUUUGAUAUCUAGGACGUCAGCAUGAGUCAGAGAGGAGUGGCACCUCAGAGGAGGACCUUUGUGGUCGGAGUAGGGACCACCAAAUUUGAGAAACCUCUCACCAAGGACUGGGACUAUCCAGAUAUGGGGAGGGAAGCAGGUCUUGCGGCCUUGACAGAUGCCGAGAUUGACUACCACCAGAUACAGGCUGUUGUGGCCAGUUACUGUUAUGGUGAGCCCACGUCCGGGCAGCGGGCCGUGUAUGAACUGGGCCUCACUGGCGUGCCCGUCUUCAAUGUCAACAAUAACUGCUCCUCGGGAUCCAGUGCCCUUAUGUUGGCACGAAGGCUGGUUCAGAGUGGAACUGAGGACUGUGUACUUGCCUUAGGCUUUGAAAAAAUGGAGAGAGGUUUAUCUGAGAAAUAUACAGAUAGAACCUCUCCUGUGAAACGUCAUAUGGACCACAUGGUCAAUAUAGGUGCGGAGCCAGGUCUGAUUCAACCAAGGAUGAACAACAUGACCUCAGACGUUGUCAAACUCUAUGCAUAUGCUGCCAGGGAAUACCUGAAGAAAUAUCCAAACACCACAGUAGAUGACUUUGUAAACAUUGCUUAUAAAAAUCACAAACAGAGUGUCAACAAUCCAUUUGCUACCAUACAGAAAGAGAUAUCUAAGGAAGACAUUAAAUCCAAGCUGAUGUUGUGUUAUCCAAUUACGUUCUGGAUGUCUGCUCCAACAGCAGACGGCGGAGCUGCAGCUAUCGUCUGCAGCGAGGAAUUCAUGGUCAAGAACAACUUACAGCGACAGGCGGUGGAAAUCCUUUCUCAGCACAUGGUGACUGAUACUAGUGCCUCCUUUCAGGAGAGUUUCCUGGAUUUAUCUGGCUACCACAUGGCUAAAGAGGCAGCCAGCAGGUGCUACAGAGACACUGGAUUGUCUCCCUUGGACGUGGAUGUUUUGGAAGUACAUGACUGUUUCUCAUGUAAUGAGCUGUUCAUGUACGAAGCCCUGCAGCUAGCCCCGGAGGGUAAAGGAGCAGAGCUGAUAAGAAACGGUAAAUGGGUGACAAACCGCAACAAUGGACAGAUUUGUGUGUUAAACAAUAAAUGGGUUGUGAAUCCUUCUGGGGGACUGGAGUCCAAAGGUCAUCCUAUUGGUGCAACAGGCAUAGCACAGUGUGUUGAGCUAGUGAAUCAGCUGAGGGGACUGGCUGAUCAGAAACAAGUGGAUGGGGCCAAAAUAGCCAUGCAGCACAACUUUGGUAUAGGGGGCGCUGCAGUGGUCACCAUGUACAAGAAAUACCAGCCACUCCCAAUGUCUGCCAAACUGUGAAAAUAUCAAAGCUGAAAACUACUCGUGCCUCUAUGUAUUGACCAUUUUUAUUUUAAUUUUAAGCUCAAUUUGUUUCAUUUAUGAGAGUUUUAAUUUUAAUGGAUAUAAAUUAUGAAAUGGCUGUGAUUUUCAACAGAUUUCAUUGUUUUUGUCACUAUAUGGCAUAAUUUUGGAGCAUAAUACAUGUAAAUUAAGGUAUAACAUUUAAAUUACCUUGCUGAUGACAUCUGUCAUACACUUCAUAAAUAUAUUUCUUAAACUACUACAUUGAAGAAUGCUGAAAUUGUUUAUGCUUUUUUGUUUGUUAGUAAAUCAAAGUAUUGCCCAUACUUUACUUUGUAAAGGUGAUUUACCGGUAUUAACUGUUGCAGAGAAAGAGUACUUUUUCUAAAUUGUACAAAUAGGGUAUUUAUCAGAGUCAUAUUUUAAUUGAACAUUAUUUUUAUGUGAUAUGUUACCAAGUUAGCUCAUCGUUAAACUAUCGAUAUAUCUGUUCAAUUUUCCACUGGCAGAUGAAAUUAUUUAUUUGUUAAAGUACCCUAUAUAUCACUGUUUAAAAAUAAAAAGUUUUCUUUUUACAAUUUGUAGGUUAAUUUUUUUUAAACAUUCCAAGGUUUAAUUUUUUGAAAAUAAAUUAAUCAGCGUUUUUUUUCCUCUUAAUGCUGAGUCCUAUAAAUAUUUAACUUUUUUAUUGUGAUACAGUGUAUUUUAUCAUGCAGUUAUCUUUCUGCAAGUCCUUUUCCGCUCAUUUGUGUAAUACAAGUAAAUGGGCUAUUAAAUACAUGUAUUUUGUUAACAUUUAAACAGUUGUAAAAGUAAACAUGCACCAAUUUAAUAGGGCUAGGUAAAUAAUGUACAUUAGUAUUUAAAGAAUAUGUAAAAUGAUGAUCUUGGGAUGACAAUCAUAAUUUGUUUAUGCAGUUAUAAAUGGAACUUUAUUUAUUUACCUCACAGUAAUGAUUGAUGCCUUGAGUGUUAUAUUUUACAUAAAUAAUUACCGGUACAUGUAUUAAUAAACUGCUACAAUCAUUGAAAAAAAAUUCAAUGAAAUAUAUUUGUCUAUAUACAUUGAAUAUAUAUUGAAAUGAAAAUCUGUCAAUGUGGAUCAUCCCGGUAAAAUCUGAUUCAAAUAAAAUGAUUAUUUAUUA